CUUUGAUACUCAAGAUUUUGGUGGAUUUAUUUUCUCUGACCAGCUGUUGGAAAUAUCUGCUCGUUUACCAAUCACAUCACAUCUACGGACUGGGCCAGCAAAGAAAUGAUUUCAAGCUGGACAUGAACUGGAAGAAAAUCACUCUUUUCAACCAUGAUCAGCAUCCAAAAACUGGAACCAACCUGUAUGGCAGCCACCCAUUCUACCUGGCUAUGGAAGAAUCAGGUGACAGCAGUGGAGUGAUGCUUCUCAACAGUAAUGCAAUGGAUAUUGAUUUGACUCCUGCUCCUGGCAUCACGUAUCGUACUAUUGGGGGUCUUCUGGACUUCUACAUCUUUCUGGGCCCUUCACCUUCAGAUGUGAUCAGACAGUUCACUUCACUUGUGGGGCGCCCUUUCCUACCCCCUUACUGGAGCUUGGGCUUCCACCUCUCCAGUCAAGGAUACGAACAGGCCACGCAUGAUUGUAGCAACACCACCCUCAGCAGUCUGGUGGACACUCAAUGGAAUGAUCGAGAUUACAUGAAAAACAAUAAUGAUUUCACUUAUGACAAUGAAAGUUUCAACGGACUACCAGACUUCGUUGAUAUGCUUCACAAGGUGUGGAACAAGAAAUACACAGUUUAUGUCGACUUCUUCAAGAGAUCUGCUGUGGAUUACUGGUUAACACAGUUACGUCGUCUACAUGAAAUAUUUGCUUUUGAUGGAACUGGGCUUGACAUGAAUGACCCAACCAACUUCCUGAAUGAUUCCGGGAGGAGUUGUCCCAAUGUAUCACUAGAAUACCCCCAUUCACGCCCGCCAUAG